GUGACUUUAAGUCGGUGAGCAAUUAUACGACGACUGGGUGGCUAUGUCUUUUGCUGUCUGCGAGAAAGAGACUCCGCUGUUGUAUCCAGUCUCUAUGCCAUGUUGUACUUACUUGGGUGUAUCAACGUAAAGGUCUCUAGUCUGCCCUGUGGAAAUAUUUGCCAUGGCAUCCGCACAGUCAGUACUCACAUUUGCCGUUUGUAUUUUGCUGAUAUCAGAAAUAAUACUGGCAAAAAAGACUUAUUAUGACAUUUUGGGAGUUCCAAAAAAUGCCUCUGAGCGACAGAUCAAAAAAGCUUUUCACAAACUUGCAAUGAAAUAUCAUCCUGACAAGAAUAAAAGCCCUGAUGCCGAGGCAAAAUUUCGAGAAAUAGCUGAAGCUUAUGAGACGCUAUCAGAUGAAAGUAAACGGAAGGAGUAUGAUCAGUUUGGCCAUGAUGCCUUUGCAAAUGGUGGAAAAGGAGGCAGUGACCAGCAUUUCCACAAACAUUUUAACUUCAACUUUGAUGAUUUAUUUAAAGACUUUGACUUAUUUGGUGAAAGCCAAAAUAGUAGAUCUAAAAGGCACUUUCAAAACCAUUUCAGAAGCCACCAAGAGGCUCAGAACAGACAUAAACGACACUUUGAGGACUUUUCUUUUGGAGGAGGACUGUUUAAUGACAUGUUUGAGGAUAUGGAAAAAAUGUUUACAUUUGGCGGUUUUGAUGGCACUCGUAGAAAUCCUAUGAGGGCAGAAAGUGGAUUUCAUGGAUCUAGCAAGCACUGUAGAACUGUCACUCAAAGGAGAGGAAACAUGGUCACAACAUAUACAGAUUGUUCAGGGCAGUAGAUGCAUCUAAUAUUGAGCACAGAUUGUGACUAUUCCAGCAAAAGUUUUUUUGUUUUUUUUCUUGUUUUCUUCCCCCAAUACUAUUAAAUUACCAAAAUGUAAUACUAAAGCAUGAAGCUAUUGGCAGAUUGGGGAAUCAUUGGUGUGCGUGAAACUACUUGUAUUACAGUGUAAUCUGGAAAGCUAAUGAAACAAGUCUGAAUUGGGUGCUAUGAAUUUAAGUUGAACAACUUAUUUAUAUUUUAUUAUCCUCGUAAAGGAGAACUAACCCCUAGCCCAUCCUCGCCUUCCCUCCAAGCUCCAUCCCCACAUCAGCUAUUCUGUUUAAAAAUGUCCCUUGCUGCCAACUUGCCAUAAAUCUAUAAAUCUGCAGAGUUGUGUAUCAAAAUUCAAAAGGGCAAUCUUCCCUUGUUUUCUGUUCUUUUAUAUGGACUUGUGGGAGAAGGGGCUGUUUGAGCUGAUUUCAAGACGUAAAUUCAACUGCACAUGCUCCCUCAAGAUCUGUGUCCGGGAACUAACAGAACAGAAUCCGAAGACAGGGUAAGAUGGUGCCUCUGAAAUCAUCUACACAACUCUACACAUUUAUGGCAGGUCUGCACACAGGGACACUUAAACAGAAUAGAUGUUGGGGGGGGGGGGGAGUAUGGGCUAGCAUUUAGUUCUCCUUUAAGCAUUGUUUAAACUUUGGUGACCGUGAAAGAAAUCUAAAUUGCCGAUAAAUGCAAGUUUCUUUAUAACUGCAGAUUUUUACUUAAAGCCCUUUAACUUGUGUCAGGUAUGUUAAGCCAAAACUUUAGUUAACAUAGUUGUCAUCUUUAAGACACUCCUGUCAACUGAUAAAGCACAAGUUCCAAUAGUCUACUGUCUAUUGUGUGUGUUCAAAGUGUCAAACAUACAAGCUGUCCCUUGUGUCUACCAAACUUGCUGCCUGGCAACCUACAGUUCUGUGUAAAAGAAUGACCAUUCUCUAAGAAUCUUCCUCCUUUUUACUUAAUUACUUGGGAAUGUGAGAUGUUUAUCUUGCACUUUGUUUUUGUUUUAUUCAGUGUAUAAAAGUGGGGUGGAGGUUGUGCUUAGAAAGCCAUGGAUUAAGGACACUGUACAGCACUUCCUUAAUUUCUAAAGACCAGUCUAAGGGACAGAGUUAAGGUAUAGCAAUUGCUAAUCUCUGCUUUUGCAGCACUUUCAAUCUGCUUCUUCUGUCUUUAGAAUGAUAUACUCCCUUAAAGAACAAGUCAAAUGAAAUCUUUGGGUUUACCAAGUUAUAAGGCACCCCCAGUGAUAUUAGUCACCUACUAUUAAGUCUACUUCUUGCUGAGGACCAUGCAGCAAUGUUUUCCUCCAAUGGUCCAAUCCAGUGCUUUAAUCUGCAAGCAGUAUCCUGCGCUGAUGUGUUUUUGGAAGAAGCAGAACAGCACUUUGGGGUAACCAGUUAGAGACUAGAAUUACUGGGUGGUUGCCUAACAACUUGGUACCCCCAGUGAUACCUUUCCUUCUCCAUUAAAAAAACCUACCAAAACUACUGGAUAUGGAUAAUAAGAUGUAAAUUAAAACUGUUCAGUCUGAUGGCUUAUGCACUUUUACGGACUGCCCACACAUCUUGCAGUAAGCUGCUGGGGCUUCUUGCCAGCCUGUGCUCAUGGGAGAUAUUGGGCAAUAGCAUUUUAUUUCUGAGCAAUCAACUCCUGUCGUGUUGCACACAGAGCUUAGAAUUGUUGGCCAGUUCUGUCAAAAUGAUACCUAUCAUACUUUUUGUGUACUCUGCUUUAGUGUCAGAGUUUAUUUCCAAGUACAUCCUUGUUUCAGUUAUGAUGCAUGUCUUCCUCUCAGAUAAUCUGAAAAUCUGGGCUCUGCUUGCCAUUUGGUUAAGACUAUCUCUUCAGUGUUUUAUGCUUUUUGCUUGCUCUAUCAACAACAUUGAUGUUAUUCUUCCCCUUCACUUUAACAAGCCAUUUUAUGAAUUCUUUUUAUAGCCAGAGUGUAAUUGCUGUAAAUCUUAAAACCUAAAAAAUUGUGAGCAUCAGAUUUGUUCCUCGGGAUCUUCUGUUGCAGGAAUUGUCUGCACACCUUUAUAACAGCUUACAAAAAAUAUGUCUUCUGAGAGAUAAGUCCUCUUAAAGACUGUGUUGUAUGCCACCCAGCAUAAAACUACACCCUUGUCUGUCACUGUUUUGUAACGUGUAAUGGGAAAACUUCUUGGUUGAUGCACACAAGCCUCAGCUCAGGAAGUCAAUCUGUCACUCCUCUGUAUGCGACAGCCCUUGUGCCGUUAGACAUGCAGUCAUCAUUGCAAAGAAUCCAGUUAACUGCAGCACAAACAUUACUUUCUGAACUCGUAAGCUUCACGUACCCUUUUACUUAACCAUAUUAUGUGUAAAGGGAUUACGUCGGCUUCCAUGGUAAUGAAAGCAAUAUUUUGUUUUCAUAAAUAUUUGCCAGUAAUUGCUAUGGUAAAUUCUACAUGUGCAAUAUUUGACUUUUUGUUUGUUUUGUGAACGUUGAUCAAAUGUCUUAUUUGUGUGCUCUUUAUGUUCAGCCUUUUAAUAUUCUGCACUUUUUUGGCAUACUCCAUAUGAGUGUUAAUCCUAUGGAUAUUGGCUAUAAUGCCAUUUAGCCAGAACUCAAGUUUGAGUUAAACAAAUAAACAAUUUCAAAACUUA